AUGCCUGUCCCCCCACCCCUCAAUCCCUGCAGACAAAAACACCUACCCCACUCACACACCCACCCUGAACAAAGGGCAGAGCCUUCCACCUCUCCUUCCCCACUUCCCCCAUUCAUCCUCUCUCUCUCACUUCUCCGCCCUCUCCUCGUCUCAUCUCUGCCCUCCUCAUCCCGCCUCGUCCACUGCGCUUGUCCCAGGGCCACGAAAAGAACCAUUCUCGGCGCAGUCCCUUUCCCGGCGUUCCAUCUGCUGACCCUAGUCACAUGCUGCCUGUUGCCGUCUCUGAUUGGAGCAGGGGAGACGUGGGGCCAGGUCUCGGCCUGUCCCUUCCACUGCGUGUGUCGAAACCUCUCGGAGUCGCUCAGCACGCUCUGUGCCGACAAGGGCCUCCUGUUCGUCCCGCCGCACGUUGACCGGCGCACCGUCGAGCUGCGACUGGCGGACAACUUCAUCACGGAGGUGGGCGAGACCGACUUUGUCAACAUGAGCGGAUUGGUCGAUUUGACUCUGUCGCGGAACACCAUCCACCUGAUUCGACCGAUGGCCUUUGCGGACCUGGAGAGUUUGCGUUCCCUGCACCUGGACGGUAAUCGCUUGACCAUACUGGGACCCAGGGACCUCUCAGGUUUGGAUAAUCUGCAACAUUUAAUCAUCAACAACAACCAGCUGAUCAAAGUCUCAGUCCAGGCGUUUGAUGACUUCUUGCUCACACUGGAGGACCUGGACAUGUCCUACAAUAACCUCCCCAAGGUACCAUGGGAGUCCAUUCAGAACAUGGCCAGUCUGCACACUUUGAACUUGGAUCACAACCUGAUAGACCACAUAGCAGAAGGAGUCUUCGGAGAGCUGUACAAGCUUGCGAGGCUGGAUAUGACCUCCAACCGGCUUCGCACCCUGCCCCCUGAUCCGUUCUUUGCAAGGUCUCAGACCGGUGCGAUAAGUCCCACCCCCUACAACACUGUUAUGAGUCUAAACUUCGGGGGCAACCCGCUGCACUGCAACUGUGAGCUGCUGUGGCUGCGGCGGCUGAUCCGAGGGGACGACAUGGAGACGUGUGCCACACCUCCUCACUUGGCUGGAAGGUAUUUCUGGUCAAUUCCUGAAGAGGAGUUCACUUGUGAGCCGCCUCUCAUCACCCGUCACACCCACAAGCUGUGGGUCUUGGAGGGCCAGCGAGCCACACUCAAGUGCCGUUCCAUUGGCGACCCUGAGCCAGUCGUCCACUGGGUUUCCCCAGAUGACCGCAUCAUUGCCAACUCAUCCCGGACCAGCUCCUUCAGUAACGGGACCUUGGAUAUGUUAGUAACGGUUGCCCGGGACGACGGCGCGUACACGUGUAUCGCAAUUAAUGCAGCAGGUGAAGCAACUGCUACUGUGGACCUGAAAAUAAUCCCCCUGCCUCACACAGGGAAUAACAACGUGAACACCAAGACCAACAGGAACGUGACAAAUGGGAUUUUACGUACUGAUCCAGGAUCCUCGGAUAUCAGCACAGGGAAAAAUGGAGGGAUUAACAAUGGUGGGGGACGUGGAGGAGAGGUGGAGCAAGGUGACAACGGCAGGACCGUUGAAGAAGAAAUAGCUGAUGGAAGGAGCUUGGAGGAGGAUGAGAGCGAGGAGGAGGAACUGAGGAUGGUUGGAGUUAUAGGGGUUACGUCAACCUCGGCUCAGGUUCGGUGGGAUUUGGGGAGUUUGUCUGCAGCUUACGUGGUCUGGAUGUAUCAGAUACAGUACAACUGCACCGCAGACGACACCCUCGUCUACAGAAUUCUGCCUUCAACCAGCGAUCGGUUCCUGUUGAAGAACCUGGUGUCCGGAGUGGACUACAACCUGUGCGUGCUGGCCAUUUUUGACGACACAAUCACGUCAUUCGCAGCAACAAAAGUACUGGGCUGCACCACAUUCUCCACCAAGGAUGUCUACCCAGCAUGCCGCUCUCUCCAAGCCCACUUUUUGGGCGGAACACUUACCAUCCUGGUUGGCGGUGUUGUUGUGGUCACCUUACUCGUGUUCACUGUGGCGCUCAUGGUCCGCCAUCGCGUUUGCAAUCAUGGCGACCACAUGAUCUGUCACAGCGGCAACACGGAGGCAGGAGCCUGCUGUCAAGGUGGAAGCGUAGGGGGUGGGGACAAAGGGGGGAACGGCGGCGGGUGCUACCAAUCGAAUGGUUCGGGGGACGUGAUGAUGGUGGUCCUACCCAAUGGUGUCUCUUCCAAAAGAGGAGGGGAGAAGGACAAGGAAAAGGAGAAGGAAAAGGAAGCAGCCAAUUCAGCUUCCGCUCUCCCUCCAAAACUCCCCCCAAAGCCCAGGCCCAAGCCUAAAGUCAGCCUGGAGCAGUUUCUUUCAGCUGGGGGGGUAGUUUCCACGACGGCAGGGGCUGUAGGGGAAAUGGCGUUGGUGGUGAGGCAGAGGAAGCUGGAGAAGGCGCCGCCCUACACACCUGAAAGUGACAGAACUCCCCUGUACUACUCCCCUUCCCCCCCAUCCACCCUUCCCCGCCAGUCACGCUCCAGGGACCACCCAAAACCCCGUCUGGAGCGAGAACUGACGACUCGGGCCAGUUUCUCUCUGGCUGCACCUCUGAGAGACUCAGAGCUCAUGGACUGGAGGAUAAUGCCCCGGGGCAGGGACCACUGGAACUCCUCACAGGCUUAUCAGAGCCCUCUAGCCCUUCGAAGUCCUGCACGCGGGACUGUUAGCAAACGGCGACACUCGCUGGACAUGGGCUCGUCUGUUGCCCUAGCGACUGACGCGGCGGCGACGGUUGCCAAGCGCUACGGCGCUGUCAGUUACGCCAAGCGACUGAGCGUCAUCUGGACGAGGCGGAGCCAGUCGCUUCAUGGAAUGCUGGUGCACUGCGCCUCCACAACGAGCACGGCAUCUUCAACGACCAGCGAAGAGGGAGAAUCUGGCGGGGGGUUUGGAGCACGCUGCCAGUUCCAACGAGGAUACAUCCACGCGUACAACACCACCAACUCCAACUCUAACAUUGGGAUCACGACUGGGAAGGCCGGGAGUGUAAAAGACAGAGGGCGGGAGAGAGGAAAGGACGGAAAGAACGCCGAAGAACUGGAGGAAAGUGUUGUGUAG